AUGAUCCUGGGGAUAAUCCCUGGGCUUCUUCUUGAGCGCAUCGUUGGCAUUCGCAACCGCGAAAGCCUUGAAUAUGGACUUCUCAUCGCCCUUCUUCGACUUGGGCAGGAAAGUACGCCGCAGCCUGUCAUCCUCGACCAGGGCUUUCCUCCACCGCCUCGGCCGUUCGUCGAUGCUGGCCCGCAGCCGACGCAGAGACUCAGCCUCUGGAUGCCACAGACCACCGCCCACAAACGACUUGCCCCCGGGCUCGCAGUGCAAGUAGUAACACGCAUAAGGGCCCUUGCGCCCGGCCCGGGACCAGACGGCAGAGUAGUGGGGCUUGUAGGGCGUGGGGUCUUUGGAGAAGCGAAUGUCCCUGUAUAUACGGAAUACAAUGUCUUUCGCCGGGAGCUCGGGUAUCGUAUCGUCGACGUCGACAAUUCUGGGCGUAAGGGUCUCAAUGAACGAGUUCCAGUCCGUGAGGGAUCGACGGUAUUCUGCGUCGUUGGACUUGAGCCAGGAGCGAACGUUGUUGGCCUUGAGAUCUUUGAGAAACAGCAAAGCUUGUAUGGCUUUAACUUGUCCUGUUCCUCUUCGCUACCAUCACCCGACGCUUCAUCGGCAGCGUCCUCCUCGUCCUCCUCCUCGUCAUCGUCAUCGUCGGGUGCUUCGUACUCGUCCUCGCUGGCAUCCGACUCCACCUUUGGGCCACGGCGACCACUGUACUUUGUGCCAUCGCCGGUCUUGGCACGCUUCGCGACAUGUGCAUCGUCUGAGUCGGAGCCGGAGCCGGAAUCGCUUUCAAAGUACUUGCUCUUCUCGGCCGACGAACCAAUGCGCGUCGAUCGUCUGCGACUGCUGGAAACUGGCUGGGGUCUUUUGGGUGUUGCAGGUGCCUUUCGUUUGCGGGGUGCCAUGGCGAGGUAA